CCUCUCCCUCUGCCUCCUCCUCUCUUGCCUGCAGCCGAGCGUCCCCUUCCCCCACUGUCGGGUUUCUCCGCGGCUACUGCAGAGGAUUCAGAGCCGAGUAGCUGAGGAGAAGGAGGAGGAGGCUCCCGUCCCUGCGCGCCAUCCACCACCCUACUGGACACGGACGAGGGAACGAGAGCGUCGCCGCUGUAGCCUCCGGAGAAGACAAGGGCACCGCCGCCUCAGCUGCCGCCGCCGCGGUUUUCGCUUGCAGCAGCUCGCCGGAUCCUCAGUCUUCCACAAUGAAUCCUGUUUACAGCCCCGUGCAACCUGGGGCUCCUUAUGGCAACCCUAAGAACAUGGCCUACACUGGUUAUCCCACAGCCUACCCGGCAGCUGCCCCUGCCUACAAUCCCAGCCUGUACCCCACCAAUAGCCCCAGUUAUGCUCCAGCCACUCUGCUGAUGAAACAGGCCUGGCCACAGAACUCAUCUUCCUGUGGCACUGAAGGCACCUUCCACCUUCCAGUGGACACCGGGACCGAGAACAGAACUUACCAAGCAUCCUCUGCAGCUUUCAGAUAUACUGCAGGGACACCAUACAAGGUCCCACCGACCCAGAGUAAUACUGCUCCACCCCCCUACUCCCCAUCACCCAACCCCUAUCAGACGGCCAUGUAUCCAAUCAGAAGUGCCUACCCCCAGCAGAAUCUGUAUGCCCAGGGAGCCUACUACACACAGCCCGUGUAUGCCGCCCAGCCCCACGUCAUCCACCACACCACAGUUGUUCAGCCCAACAGCAUUCCCUCUGCCAUCUAUCCAGCUCCUGUUGCUGCUCCCAGGACCAAUGGUGUCGCCAUGGGCAUGGUGGCAGGCACCACCAUGGCAAUGUCAGCAGGUACACUGCUGACCACACCCCAGCACACUGCAAUUGGGGCACACCCUGUCUCCAUGCCCACAUACAGGGCCCAAGGAACCCCUGCGUACAGCUAUGUGCCCCCGCACUGGUAAAGCCUGCAGCCCAUCCAAAUCUGGAGUCACAUUGUAUGCAACUACUCAAGUCUUACACCGGUGCUGGAGCAGUCCCUAGCAGCACCACCUCUAUUUGCAAGAAGAGACAACGGAAGUGCAAGGGUCACUUUAUGCAUCUUUAAUGGUUUUGAUUUUUAUUUUUGGUUUUUGUAAAAGCUGCUUUUUCUAAUCUCCUAGAAGCCUCCCCCCUUGUGCCUCCCUCUUAGCCACUGCCCUUCUGGCUCUAGCCCCUCUUCCUACCUGAUCAGGCCCAGGCCUCUCUGCACUUCUUUCCUUCCCUAAGCAUCCUGUCCCUGGGAUCCCAGUCUAGUAGCAAGCAGAGAGUGAGGUUUAUUGCAAUGGUUCAUCUAAAGGCUAGAUUUCAUUUGGAAAGCUUAACAGAUGUGGCCCUCAGGUCUGGGGUAGGAACUUGGAGCUAUUGAGGAGGCCACAUCUCUGUCAGAUUGUCAUUUUGCUAAAGCAAGAUUAGUUCAAAUACAAAGAAAUAUCUUCUGAGAACCAUCGCAACAGACCAGAGCAACCACCUGGUUAUGUAGGAAUGUUAUCAGCAGCUUCAUGUCCCCAGGCUCAGAACCUGGGAAAGCAGAGAAUUUGGGGAAGGGUGGAGGGAGGGAACUGGGGGAGUAGUAUGAAGAAAGGGCAAGAGGGUACUCAGCUCUGGUUUGAAAGGUCUCUGGCCAUGUUGCUGGGCCUGGACCUUGUGAUUUGCACAGUGAUGUUAACUGACCUGGCACUUCCUCCAGAGAUGCUUUGACCUCAGACCUGCCAAACAGUUGCAUGGUGGGGGGAUCCCAGCAUCCAGAGGGUUCAGAAGGCCAGGUGCCUGCUUAAUCCCACCCUCAGCCCGAGCCUCGUGGACCCACUCUGAGGCGCUUCCUGCUCAGAAGUGGAACGAGUGGCAUUUCUCUCUUGCCCUUCUGCCCUUCCCAGUGCCGGGGCGCACAUCUGUCUGUGAGGCUGGCAGGCAGGCCAAGCUCUUGGUUACCUUGUGCCAUUUCACGGCCAAAGUGAAGGAACCACAUUCCAGGUGGGAGCUGGCGGUUCUGAAGGUCAGGAUAGUGAAGGAAAAACAAUAGCAAUAAUCAUUUCAUACUCAUGGAACUGAAGG